AGAAAGAAAUUUAAAAUUGAAGUUUCAUGACAACCUACCUGACAUUUCAAAAUCAUCAUCAUCAAGUUCGUCUGAAUCCACAUCAUCAUCACAUUUUCAAAAUCUGCAGUAAAUUCAUUAGUAAAUUCAGUUGAUGGCCACUGCUAAUGUUAAAGGACUUCCCUUGGGAAUUGAUCUUGGUACUACGUAUUCCUGUGUAGCAGUAUUCAAAAAUGGAAUUGUGGACAUCAUAACCAAUGACCAGGGAAAUCGUACAACUCCUAGUUAUGUCGCCUUCACAGACGUGGAAAGAUUGAUUGGUGAACCAGCACUAGGACAAGUGGCGAUGAAUCCCACAAAUACUGUAUACGAUGCCAAGAGAUUAAUUGGCAGAAAAUUUGACGAUCCAGUUGUGAAACAAGACAUGCAGCAUUGGCCUUUCGAAGUAAUCCAAGAUAAAGGCAAACCAAAGAUACGCGUCAAGUAUAAAAACGAAAUGAAGACUUUUUUUCCUGAAGAAAUUUCUUCGAUGGUGCUGGGGAAAAUGAAGGAGAUUGCUGAAAAUUACCUAGGAACCCACGUCUCCAAGGCUGUUAUUACAGUCCCUGCAUAUUUUAAUGAUUCACAACGACAGGCGACAAAAGAUGCCGGCACAAUCGCCGGUCUGGACGUCCAGCGAAUAAUCAACGAACCAACCGCCGCGGCUAUAGCGUACGGGUUGGACAAAAAAAGCGAGGAUGACAGAUACGUUUUGAUUUUUGAUUUGGGCGGCGGUACCUUCGACGUUUCGAUUCUGCUCAUCUCUGCCGGAAUUUUCGAGGUUAAGUCGACGGCUGGAGACACGCAUUUAGGUGGCGAAGACAUCGACAACCGCAUGGUCCAAUACCUCACCGAAGAAUUCAAAAGGAAAACCAAAAUCGACAUUAAAAACAAUAAGCGCGCCCUGAGGAGAUUACAAACCGCCUGCGAAAGGGCCAAAAGGACGUUGUCGUCGGCGAAUCAGGCCUCGAUUGAAAUCGACUCUUUAUCGGACGGAGUGGACCUUUAUACCGGGAUUACCAGGGCUAAAUUCGAGGAGAUCAACAACGAUAUCUUCAUGAGAACUUUGGAGCCCUUGGAAAAAGCUCUGAAAGAUGCCAAGAUCAACAAGAACCAACUGAAUGAUAUAGUCCUCGUUGGAGGGUGUACAAGAAUUCCUAAAAUUCAAUCGUUAUUGUCGAAUAAUUUCCAAGGAAAGGAGUUGAACAAGUCGAUAAACCCUGACGAAGCUGUAGCUUACGGAGCAGCAGUACAGGCGGCCAUUUUGGCAGGCGAUAACUCUGAAGUCGUCAAAGAUCUACUUCUAUUGGACGUGACUCCUCUUUCAUUAGGAAUUGAAACAGCAGGAGGCGUUAUGACUGUUUUGAUAAAAAGAAAUACGACGAUUCCAGCCAGGCACACUCAGAUAUUCUCUACCUACGCCGACAAUCAACCAGGAGUAUUGAUUCAAGUUUUCGAAGGAGAGAGGUCUCUCACGAAAGAUAACAAUUUGUUAGGAAAGUUUGAUUUAUCAGGUUUUCCCCCUGCUCCUCGAGGAGUACCACAAAUCGAAGUUUCUUUUGAUAUCGAUGCAAACGGAAUCCUGACAGUUACCGCAUCUGAAGGAAUCACGGGAAAAAAAACUAAUAUCACAAUUACCAACGACAAAGGAAGAUUAACCAAAGAACAGAUACAAAAAAUGAUUGCCGAUGCCGAGAAGUUCAAAGAGCAUGAUCUAGAAGUGAAAGCUGCUGUGGCUGCCAGAAAUGAUUUAGAGUCAUAUAUCUACCAGAUGACAACCCUGUUGAACGAUCCCAAUGCUGGAUCAAGAAUCAGAGAUGCUGAUAAAACAAAAAUUUCCAAGUUAUGUAGUGAUAUAACGAACUGGAUGAAUUCCAAUGAGAACAUUACGGAAAGAGAAUAUGUGAUGAAAAAGCAAGAGAUUGAAAACGUUUGCAAGCCUAUUGUCAUCGGUCUAUACUCUGGAGCUUCCUCCCAGAAUGAGAGACAAUUUCCAUCUCAAGAAAACGAUGGACCAAUUAUUGAUGAAGUUGAAUAAUACCAAAGAAAAAUUGGAUUUUGUUUCAUUUGUUUAUGAGAAACUGUUUUCAUAUUCCUCAUCUCUGAAAAUAUAAUAUUUUCAAUGGUCA